AUGUCAAUUGUCACGACGCGGAAGCGGAAGGGCGUUGACGAGACGAAGUCGAGCUCUAACGAGAAGAGCAAGGUCCGCCUCGUCGAGCACACUCCUGAGGACCUCCUUGACGGGACACUUGACGCGACGCCUAAGUCACCGCGCGGCGUGCGGAGAUUGAGAGACCUGCGUCGAAAAGGCGUCCAGAUCAUGUCCAUGUUCCGUACGAAAGGCUCCGUUCUCGAUACCACAGCUGCUGUAGUGGCCUGCAACACGUCCUCGAGUACGACAGAUGGUACUCAACGCCCUGAAGCUUCUCAGUCCGAAGACCUACAUGCCACUCGAAGCCCUAGCGUACCUAACAUCCUUAAUGCCGCCCCUAAAUUGACCCUACACUAUACCGGGUCCUCGCUUACCCAACUCACCAAUGCUGCUGUCUACGACGGCGAGUCUGAACCUAUCACAGAGACGAAAAGUUUCGCUCCCGCCGUCCUACAUACGAGUCGAUCCACGCCAGGUCUUUCCCAGCAGCUCACUCUCAAGCUCUCGAACGCACUUCUGCACAAUCCCACAGUCAUUCAUCGACCAAAGCUCAGCUCCAGACCCACAGUGUUGACUAAGGAAUCUCGACUUGAGAGCUCCAUUGAGAAGACACCCUCACCGGACCGCAUGAAUAAUACGUCUUCACUUCCUUCACAGUUCUCGAGUGGACCAGAAAGUAGCAAUGGUCCUUUGAGCCAAUCUACCGCCCCCACCUCCAUUUUCUCGUCUGGCGGACCCGUAUCUGCUGAGACUGCACAACGCGCACGCAACGACUCCCUACAAGCACCCAACACAGGCUCACACAUGGAUAAUCCCAUGCCAAACCAGAACGCGGUACAUUGGCUAAGGUUUCCUCGUCAAGACGCACCACGUCUGAUCAAGCCGUCUGUGGCUACAGUUGAGCAAGCUGCCGUGGCCAAGAUCUUCUUCGAAUCCCAUUUCAAUCAGCUCCUGAGCACGCAGGUCUCACCCAGGUCGCUGCGCCGCCGCCAACUUGAACGAAAAAUCUUCGCAAUGGCUCUACCAAAUGAACAACGCCAAUACAAAAGGCAGCGAUGGUACGCCGCUGAAACUCAUCAUCUUCGCCAGACUCGCGUUAUGAAGUCGAAGACUAUCGCAAGACAAAACAUAAAGGGCGUCCACAUCUCGAACUAUGAUAUUGUCCGUGUUCUUGGGAAAGGCAGCUUCGGUGUCGUCCGUUUGGUGCGUGAGAAGAGCGACAACAUCAACAGCUCCAGUGGAAGCAGCUCUGACGCUGGGCACAACAACAUGAACACUUCCUCUGGAAUUGGAGUGAGACCGUCUCUGCCUGUUCGCAAGGCCAAGCAAGUCUAUGCCAUGAAAGUCAUCCGCAAGUCAGACAUGCUUCGAAAUAGCCAGGAAGGACAUCUUCGGGCCGAGCGAGACUUCCUCGUAGCAUCGGAAAACUCGCGCUGGGUUGUGCCCUUGGUCGCCUCCUUCCAAGACAACACCAAUCUCUAUCUCGUUAUGGAGUACAUGAUGGGCGGCGACUUUCUAGGUCUACUCUUACGCGAAGACAUACUUGACGAGGGCGCGGCCAGGUUCUACAUCGCUCAAAUGAUCCUCUGCAUCGAAGAGGCACACAAGAUGAAUUGGAUCCAUCGUGACAUCAAGCCUGAUAAUUUCUUGAUAACGGCUUCCGGACAUCUCAAGAUCUCUGACUUUGGCCUGGCGUUUGAUGGACACUGGAUGCACAACCAAGGGUACUAUCACGAGCAGCGCCACGGUCUCCUGCAAGAUCUCGAUCUGGAGGUUCAGGGCGAUGAGCAGGAUGUCGAUGAGGAGAGGAAACGCCAAGCCGCGCUCAAAACGACUGACUCCGUCAAUGGCCAGGCCGCUUUUCGUCAACGGUAUGGACUUAAGCAGGAUGCAGCAAAUCGCCCCAUACUGGACUGGCUCAACCGCACGCAACGACGGCAAUUCGCCAAAAGCGUCGUGGGAACUAGCCAGUACAUGGCGCCUGAAGUCAUCAGAGGCGAAGAUUAUGACGGUCGAUGCGACUGGUGGAGUGUUGGUAUCAUCUUGUUCGAGUGUCUAUAUGGAUACACGCCGUUCUUUCAAGACAACCGUCAAAAGACCAAGGAACGGAUUCUUGAACACAAGCAUCACCUACACUUUCCCACAGACUCGCGCUUUCAGCGCCCGACCAAAGACCGUGUUCGCCUGAUGCCAGUUUCUCGAAAUGCCAUUGAACUGAUCAUGCGGCUGCUUGACGACAGACAGAAUCGCUUAUCGUGCAAGCGUUACCGUGAGAACGACUGGGUGCUUCGCGACAAAGCUAUCGGGACGAGACGCUACCGCAGCCUCAGAUCGACAGGACACAUUGUUUACCCGAAUGAUGCUGAAGAUAUCAAGGCGCAUCCAUUCUUUCGCCACACACAGUGGUCGACGCUCCACCUGGCACGACCGCCCAUUGUCCCUCGAGUCCACGGCAGCCAGCCAAUUACUAAGUACUUCGAUGAUGAAGCCGAGAUCAUGAGCGCAUCAGACCAUCUCGAUAGCUCGAGCUACGAGGUUGCCCAGAUGGACGGCGCCACCGUGAUCGACAGUGUGGAGCCGCUGGGCGAAGAUCAGUCAACACCAACAGCGGAUCCAACGGUUCAACAGACAAACGGAUUUCCUCCUGUAUACCAGCAGAUAUACCAGGGAUUCCAAAAGAUCAGAAAUCGCAAGAAGGAGACGAAGAGGCCACGUGAUAAGCUUUUGCGCGAUCCUGAGGUGGGCAGAGUCGUGCUCGAGAUUCGGAAGAAGGGCGCUUUCAUCGGCUACACUUAUCGCAGACCGCGUUUUUCAUUACCUGAGCUCGAGGCUGAGGUGGUUCCUGCGAGACUGCCGUUUGCGAGAGCUAGUAUGGCUGCUGUGAGUGCGUGA